AUGGCCGCUCUGAAUUCGCCAUGGUUGAGCAUUCGCCUCCUUAUCUUAUUGACUUUUCUCCGACUAACCUUUCCCGCCGCAUCCACGCCGACUCCGACUCCGACUCCGUGGCCCCACCAAUUUCACUCCCUACUGUUUGUCAACUUCAGCGGUUCUCUCAGCCAAAUUGACCUCUGGUACGACUGGCCUAACGGCCGGAAUUUCAACAUCAUCCGCGACCAGCUCGCCGGCGCCGACUCCAUCGUCUACGACCUCGAGUGGAACAACGGCACCGUCUUCGCCUACAACGGUUCCUCCUGCCGGACCUCCCAGGUGGAUGUUGGGAUUCUCCGCCCCGAUUGGCUAGUCGACGGCUCUAACUACCUUGGCCAGCGCCAUGUCGACGGUUACCUUUGUAACGUCUGGGAGAAGGUGGAAUUCAUUUGGUACUACGAGGACGUCCUCACCAAACGCCCCGUUCACUGGGUUUUCUACACCGGAAGGUCGAUCCAUGUCAUGACAUUUGAAGUAGGGGCAGUACUUGAGGAUGAGAGAUGGCAAGCUCCCGUGUAUUGUUUUGACAAGAAAGCCGGCAACAACGACACAAAAUCAGGAAGUGUUUUGGAUUUGGAUAUUCGGGAGCGUCGUUGGAUGACUUCUUAA